GAUGCUGACACUUCUCCAGACAGCAGUGGAGGUCCCUGAGCGUCCCUGCUGUGCUCCGCCGGCUGGUCCACACAGCAGAGCUGCUAUGGUACUGAGGAUGCUGGCUGUAAUGGGGCUCAUCUUCGUGGCUCUCGUCUUGUUCCUGGGGCAAGUGCUGACUUCUCCCACCAGUCAUCAGAUGUGCCCCGAGGAAGUGCCCUCCACGUCCUGGCAGGUCCUGGGAGGGGACACUGGGCAGCAGAGUAACUCCUGCCAGCUCAUCCUUGUGGAAAGCGUCCCCCAGGACUUGCCAUUUGCAUCCGGAAGCCCUACUGCCCAGCCCCUGGCCCAGGCUUGGCUGCAGCUUCUAGACUCUGCUCAGGAGAGCGUCCAUGUCGCCUCAUACUAUUGGUCCCUCACUGGACCCGACGUUGGAGUCAACGAUUCAUCUUCCCAGCCGGGAGAGGCCCUUCUACAGAAGUUUCAACAGCUCCUGGUCAGGAACAUCUCCCUGGCAGUGGCCACCCACAGCCCAGCGUUGGCCAACACAUCCACUGACCUCCAGGUCUUGGCUGCCCACGGCGCCCAGAUACGACACGUCCCCAUGAGGCAGUUUACCAGAGGUGUCCUACACUCCAAAUUCUGGGUGGUGGAUGGGCGGCAUGUCUUCGUGGGCAGUGCCAACAUGGACUGGCGGUCCCUGACGCAGGUGAAGGAGCUGGGUGCGAUCAUCUACAACUGCAGCCAACUGGCUCAAGAUCUUGAGAAAACAUUCCAGACCUACUGGGUGCUAGGGACUCCCCAUGCUGUCCUCCCCAAGACCUGGCCUCCGAACUUCUCGUCCCAUAUCAACUUCUUCCAUCCCUUGCGGGGUCUCUUUGAUGGGGUUCCCACCACAGCCUACUUCUCGGCCUCCCCACCCUCACUCUGCCCCCAUGGCCGUACCCGGGAUCUGGAUGCAGUGCUAGGAGUGGUGGCGGAUGCUCGCGAGUUCGUCUACGUCUCAGUGAUGGAGUACUUCCCGACCACGUGCUUCACUCGUCCUGCCAGGUACUGGCCCACACUGGACAAUGCACUACGGGCAGCGGCCUUCAACAGGGGUGUGCACGUGCGCUUACUGGUCAGCUGCUGGUUCAAUACAGACCCCAACAUGUUCACUUAUCUGAGGUCCCUGCAGGCUUUCAGCAACCCCUCGGCUGGCAUCUGGGUGGAUGUGAGAGUCUUCAUCGUGCCUGUGGGCAAUCACUCCAACAUCCCAUUCAGCCGUGUGAACCACAGCAAGUUCAUGGUCACAGACAAGGCAGCCUACAUAGGUACCUCUAACUGGUCGGAGGACUAUUUUAGCAGCACCUCUGGUGUAGGCCUGGUUGUCAGUCAGACGAACCCUGAUGCCCAUCCAGGUGUGACCCCGGUGCAGGAGCAGCUGAGGCAAUUGUUCGAACGUGACUGGAGUUCCCGCUACGCUAUGGGCCUGGACAAACAGGUCCCGAGCCAGGACUGUGUCUGGCAGGGCUGAGGCUUGACCCCUCAGACUCUGGCCUGCUGCUCUAGGUGGACACCAGGCUUCCAUUCACUCAGGCUCAGAGACUGAGAAAUCAAAAGUCUGUUACUUGGGGGCCUGAGAUUGUCAUCUGGCAAAUGGCCGCUGAUAGAGCUCUGGGUAGCUUUUAAAUUAAGGACAGCCUAAAGCAGAGGAAGGCCCAUAGCAAUAUGGAAAGAAAGCAACUACACGUAAGUGACCCCAGAACCCAGCUGCCCCUCUCUGGCCUAACCAUGAUGAGUUGCUAUGACUGUCCAGCUGCAACCCCCAAUAAAGUCCUGCCACUGGCUUGCAGGCCCGACCCAGGUCAA